GCGGGCAGGGGUUGGCUUGUGCAGUCUGCUGGGGGAGAGGCGGAGCCUGUUGGGUGUGGGUUAAUGGAUUGUGAACGUUUAUCUUCUUUAUUGAGUAGUGAGGCCUCCAAGGCACAGGUCCCAUGCUAUGGAAGGUGUAGGGACCUGUUCCUUUCAGCCACUUUCACUUAAACCGAACUGGGGUCAAUUCGCCUCAAUGAAUUGAAAGUCCAGAGCUUUAGGUUUGAGGCCCUAGGCUUUAUUUCUCAGGACUCCCAGGCCUACUCCUUUUAUUGCUGACUGAAACUAUUUGGUGUUUUUGACAUUCCUUUUGGAUGAGGACUUUAUAAAAUAAAUUCAUUUAAAUUUAUUGGCUUAGUUCAUUUUUGGAUGCAGUGUUUUUUAAAGUCCUAGAUUGUAGAUAUUAUUUCAAAAUGUACGGUUUAAAAAGAAAAAAAAUACCAGAAAAAAAGGGAAAUAUGUUUGCUAAGAUAAGUCCAUUUUAUUUGUCAGGAUGUUUUUAAUAGUAUGAUCUGAAUGUCAUUGUUAUUCUUUAUAUUAACAUUAUUGUAUCCAUUCUGCAAUUACUGAUUGUAGACUUUAGGGACAUAAUAGCAUACAUAAAAAUUCCCUGCCUUCUUGGAGCUUAUAUUCUUAUAUGGAGCUUAUCACCAUAAUAAAUAGGAUGGCACAACACAUUGCAGAAUAUUGUAAGUGAAACAAUUAUGACAACUUCUACAUUAUGGACACUUAUUUCCUUUUGAAGAAAAUCAGAAGCACAGUGUAUUGUAUACGAUGCAUGUUAUAUGAUUGUUUCUGAACUCUGGAUAGUGCAUCAAUAAAGAUAUUAAUUGCUGGCUAUAUUACAUAUAUGUUAGCUAACGCAAUAGUUACUUGUGUGGUGCUGGGUUUGGUAAUAAAAUUGAGAAGUCUUUUUAUUUUAUUUCAAAUAUGUAUUCACUCUAUAUUACUUGAUGUAUACUUGAUGUCCCAGGCAUUUUGUUAACUCUAUAUAUGUUAUUUUAUUUCACUCUCAAAAUAGCCCAUGAGAUACAGGCACAAUUUAUUUUACUUAAAAAACAAAAACAAAAACAAGUUUUCAGAAGAUCCCUAAAGGAAAUUUAACUGUACAAACCAGCCAAUUCAGAAAUGAGGCAUUUGUCUCAGAAAUAAUUUCUAGGUUAAGUGAUCUUAAGAUACUUAAUCUAUUCUGAAAAUAGGUAUUUUAAAACCAAUUUCUUGUAAAAUUACGUUCAUUAUUGGUGAAUAAGAAGUGUUUUAGAUUUCAUUUAUUUCGACACCACAUUAUAAGCCUUGCUAACAGGUGUUUCCACACCUAAUCUAAAGUGCUUAUUUUACAUUUAACUUUAAAUUCUGCCUUACAGUUGCCAUUUAGCACAUUUAGAUGAUGAGGUCUAUAUUCUUAAAGUAUUGUGUAGUCAAAGCAAAGAAACUUUAAUGUUACAAUAAAUGCCAUCACUCUGCCAGUUGGCUUCUGUUUGGCAAGACAUCAAGAAAUAAAACAAAGCAUGAGACUAGUGUAUUUUGUAACGAAAUGAAGGAAAAAGAACCGAAACCAUAAAAACAUAGGACUAAAGGAGACAGAAAUUCCCACCUUUUGUUAGAAAUUGGUUGUAUAAUGUGUUACAAUAGAACACGGAAAUUUAACAGAGACUCAUAGUAAACGGAAUAGAGUGGAGUUAAGAAUAAAAUGGAGUUAGGUUUAAAGUUGAUUCAGACAUUAAAAAAAAAAAAAAAGUAGAUUUAAACCUGGCAGUGGUAGGUUCUUAUUUCCGCCCCCUCUUCAGGAACGCUAUUUGAACCCCUCGCGCCUGCAGGACCCUUUGUCAGCUGGGGCCUGAAAAGAGCGGAACGAAAGGCGGACGGUUUUCGGUUGCUGGGGCGGACGUGGACCCGAUCUGUCCGUCCUUGCAAGUUUCCCCCAAGGCUGGGACCUAGACGUGCGUCAACUCGUGUUCUCUGGCACCGUAGUAGUGGUCGUCGCUGGCCCGAGUUAGAAGCCAACAGUGAAUUCUUCGUGCCUCAGAUUGGUUGACCUACAAGAUGCUUCGAUACCCAUAUUUUUGUAAAAUCUAUAAAGAAUUUCAUUCAUGCUGGUUGGAAUCUGGCAUAUUUAAUUUAGGUAUCUGGCCAAAAAAAAUACAUGCUACAACAGAAAGAUGUAAUGAAUAUGAAGCCCAGGAGCAAACAGAUCAAACUGGAGCUCAGGAGUUACAUAGAUCUCAAAAUGGAGAUUUUGAAGCUAUGACUAAAUUACAUAUCCCAGUAAUGGUGGAUGAAGUUGUUCGUUGUUUGGCACCACAAAAAGGCCAGGGAUAUAUGAUUUCCUGUAAGAAUGUGAAUGGGGAAACUAAAUUCUUUCAAAUGAGUUUCCUGAUCAGAUUUUAUAGAACUACUCUCUACCUCUGUCUACACUAUUUGUGUCCUGGGAGACUGACCUUCCCCAGCCAAAUCAUCUGGCUCCCCUGCCCUGUGGCUUCUGGUUGGAUUACACAAAUGGGAGUCACCAGCUGGAGAUCAGAGAGUGAGAUUUUUCUAGAUAUGACAUUUGGUUCAGGAGGACACACAAGAGCCAUUCUACAGAAGGAGUCAGAUAUUACUCUGUAUGCCUUAGACAGAGACCCGACAGCUUAUGCAAUAGCUGAACAGCUUUCAGAAUUCUAUCCUAAACAGAUCCGAGCUAUGCUAGGCCAGUUCAGCCAGGCAGAAGCCUUAUUAAUGAAAGCUGGAGUGCAGCCAGGGACUUUGGAUGGAGUUCUUUUGGAUCUUGGGUGUUCCUCCAUGCAGCUUGAUGCUCCUGAAAGAGGUUUUUCCCUUCGGAAGGACGGCCCCUUGGACAUGAGAAUGGAUGGUGGCAGGUACCCUGACAUGCCCACCGCAGCUGAUGUUGUGAACGCUUUAGAUCAACAGGCACUUGCCUCCAUCCUGAGAACAUACGGGGAGGAGAAGCAUGCCAAGAAAAUCGCUUCAGCAAUCGUUCAGGCUCGCAGCCUCUACCCCAUCUCCAGAACCCAGCAGCUUGCCAGCAUCGUUGCAGGUGCAUUUCCUCCAUCUGCUAUUUUUGCACGAAAAGACUUGCUACAACGAUCUACCCAUAUUGCUACCAAGACUUUCCAAGCUUUUCGAAUAUUUGUAAAUAAUGAGCUGAAUGAACUUUACAUAGGAUUGAAGACAGCUCAGAAGUUUCUGAGACCUGGUGGUCGCCUUGUUGCCCUCUCCUUCCAUUCACUAGAGGAUCGCAUUGUCAAACGAUUCUUGCUUGGGAUAAGCAUGACAGAAAGGUUUAACCUAAGUGCCAGACAGAAGGUGAUACAAGCAUCACAAUUACGUUCAAGUUAUGAAAACAAGGAAGGAGACUCUAUAAGCAGAGCCCCUUUAAUGUGGGAAUUGAUACACAAGAAAGUACUUACUCCAGAAGAUCAGGAUGUACAGGAUAACCCCAGAGCACGCUCAGCCAAGCUUAGAGCAGCCAUCAAAUUAUGAUAAAGAAAGUUUUCAUCAUGUGGUCCUUCAAGUUUUCCCUCAGAGUUUCUCUUCUUUUAUUGGAUAUUCCUGAAUAACUUAAUAUAAGGAAGUAUGGGAUCUAUAGAGAAACAUGUACUAUAUAUGUGUGGAAAUUGAGGGUAUUUACCAUUUUUUUGUCUUAGAAAGAAAAUCUCAGAAAUACUAGCAUGACACAGAAGGUUCAACUCAAGGAGAAGCAGCAUCCCAAAACUCGAAAAAUGUCUCUAUCUGAGCAUUAUAUUUGACUUUUGAAAUGUAGUCCUUUCCCUAAUCAUGGAAAAUUUUUAAAAAGAAGAAUACUAUGUGUAUUUAUUUAAGUAUGAACACUCAAACUGUCGGAAGAUAGAGAUUAUAAUUGUAUCUGUAUUUUCUAAGUUCUGAAUUUAGAUAUUCAGAUUUGCAACAAACUUUCUAUGGGUCAAGUAAUAAAUAAUAAGUAAGUAAAGAUCAUCAAAGAAAUUUUCAUUUCUAUUUAGGAGUAAUUAAUUAGUAAGUACCAGGGGCGCCUGGGUGGCGCAGUCGGUUAAGCGUCCGACUUCAGCCAGGUCACGAUCUCACGGUCCGUGAAUUCGAGCCCCGCGUCAGGCUCUGGGCUGAUGGCUCAGAGCCUGGAGCCUGUUUCCGAUUCUGUGUCUCCCUCUCUCUCUGCCCCUCCCCCGUUCAUGCUCUGUCUCUCUCUGUCCCAAAAAUAAAUAAACGUUGAAAAAAAAAUUAAAAAAAAAAUAGUAAGUACCAUAGUCUUCUCAAAUACAGGUAUUAUGUAAAUUUUAAAUUUUCAAGUAUUAUUUUUAAAAUGCAUCAUAUUGACAAAUGUCACUUUUGAAAUUACAGAGUUCAUUGUUUUAAAGGAAUUUUGCAAUAUGAUAUGUACUAUAUUUUUAUAUAGUAUAAAGUAAAAAUGCAAAAUUGUUCAAUAGCCCUCAUAAUGUUUCAUAAAACUAAUAUUUAAAGUCAAUUAUAUUUUAAUAAUAUCCCAGAAUGUCUUUGACAAAUAAUAAAAUCUGUCAUCAUUUGAAUCUGGCAUUUUUUAAUUGAGCUAUUCAAAAUAAUUCAACCAAGUCUAUGCAAUAAAAUAUAGGGCAUAUUAAAGAUAUUAAGAUGAAUGUGCCCUUUGCCUGGGUGGCUCAUUUGGUUAAGUGUCUGACUUCAGCUCAGGUCAUGAUCUCAUGUUUUGUGAUUUCGAGGCUGGAAGCGGGCUCUAUGCUGACAGCUCGGAGCCUGGAGCCUGCUUCGGAUUCUGUCUCCCUCUUUCUCUGCCCUUCCCCCUCUCACACUCUGUCCCUCUCUCUCAAGAAUGAAUAGACAUUAAAAAAAAAAAAAGUUUAAAAGGAAUGUGCCCUUUAAUGCUUUUAUUUACCCAACAGUACUGUAAUAGUAAGAUGUUUUUUUCAGGAGACGUUCACUUGGUAGAGGAUUCUUAAUGACAUUGAUUCAUAAUUCACGUAUAAACUUUUUAUAUAUAAAUAAACAUUUCUAUUUUUUUUUAAUUAUUCAGCAAGCACUGAACUAGGCAGAGAAAUAAAGGUGAGUAAAAUAUGUCACAGUAUCUGGCCUGUAGAGUUUAGAGUCUAGUGGAGAAGAGUGAUGGUAGUUAAAUAAUCACAAAAGUCAAUGUAAAAUUAACACAGUGGUAAAAGCUACAAAGAAGCAAUACAGGGAUAAGAACAUCUAGUAGGGAUUUCAUUUACUGAAAGAAACCAGGCCUGACAACGUGAUGCUUGAAUUAUGACUUGAAGGAUGAAUGAGAGAUAUAGUCAAAGGGUACAUUGGCAUGUUGAAUAAAGGUGUAUAUAAAUGAUUGCUUUCUUAAGUAGUUCCUGAUAUCAUAUUUAUACUACUAAUAUGCUUAGUAAACUAUUCAAAUACAGGGAAAAUUCAUUCUCUCCACUAUGAUGACAUUCUGAAUUGGUGAGUACAAGUGAAUAAAAUAUUAACAUAACUAUGGGCAAAAGAUAAGAAUUAAAUACUUUAAUUCUCCUUAGAUUUAACUUUAUCUACCUCUGUGAUAUUUAACUUUAGUUCUCAAGCUUGUGCGCCACUUUUACUUUAUUCUUUUAAAUUUUAUUUAUUUAUUUUGAGAGAGAGAGAGAGCACAGUGGGGUAGGAGCAGAGAGAAGGAAAGACAGAUUUCCAAGAAGGCUCUGUGCCAUCAGCACAAAGCCCGAUGCAGGACUUGAACUCAUGAACUGUGAGAUCAUGACCUGAGCCAAGAUCAAGAGUUGGAUGCUUAACUGAUUAGCUCACCCAGGUGCCCCACAGCUUUUACUGUAUAGGCUGUAUUCAAGUCUGAGCAAUUCUGCAGUGAAAGUAAUUUCUAGUUAUGCAGAAUUAGAAAAUAUUCUAGGAAGCAGUGUCCUCAAUUUAGAAAGAAAUGAAUGCACCCAGGUUAAUCUGCUAAUCUUUUCUGAAAAAAAAUGUUUUGCAUGUAAGUCAUAUUUGUGAAUGAGAAAAUUCCAAAAGGUGAAUUCCUGUAUGAGUAUCUGACUGGAAAAUAGGAGAUCACACUCAUAUAUAACAAUGAUUCACUUAUUCAUCAGUCAUUUUUGGAUCCUGUAUAGUAUGGGAAUUUUUUCUUUAACAUUGAAUCGCAAGUGACUGCACUGGAUUGAAUAGUGUUUCCGCUCCAAAAUUCAUGUCCUUCUCAGAACAUCAGAAUAUGACCUUAUUUGGCACUGUGGUCACUACAGAUGUAAGUACUUAAGCUGAGGUCAUACUGGAGCAGAGCAGGCCCUUAAUCCAAUAUGUAUGGUAUCCUUCUAAGAAGAGAAGAAAGACAGAGACACAGGGAGGAAUGUCACAUGAAGAUAAAAGCAGAGAUCAGAAUGAUACAUCUACAAGCCAAAGGACACCAAGGAUUGCUGGCAACCAUUAGUACCUAAGAGAAGCAUGGACGAGAUUCUCCCUCAGUCUGAAGUGGGAGCCAACAAUUUUGCUGACACCUUUAUUUCAGACCUUCAGACUCCAGAACCACGAGACAAUAUGUUUCUGUUGUUCAGAGCCGCCUAAUGUGUGGUAAUUUGUUACAGCAGCCCUGGGAAGCUAAUACCGUGAUAGAAAAAAAUCUUGAAUAUUCAUGAAAGAAAUCCUUUCUUCGAUAAAUACCAAAUUAGUUUCAAAUGUUGUAGUGUAAAAAUAUAUGUUAUUUUCUGUAACUAGGCUGUUUGCCACAAUCAUUCUUGCCUGGUUCUUAGUCUUUGCUGUAGGAUGUAUAAUAAAAUACAUGAAUGAGUUUAUGCUGGAAAAUGUUUUUGUGAAAUUCAAACAGUACAUACAGAAAAUAAACACUGGUCUUAAAAAUGAA